CAGUAUCCUGGCCAUUUCCAAAACCUGGUCCCAGGAUUGGAGAUUUCAUCCCUCCCAGAUCUCUUUGAAAUCUCCAGGCUCCAGAUCCCAAAAUGGACCUUACAAACAAAGGAGGAAAGGGAAAAGUCACUUUCCUUCGUAUCAAACACUUACCCUGGAGCCCCUCAACCUGACUUGUUGAGAAUCCUGGUACCCAGCUCUAUUCAUUAUUUUGCAAUACUUACUGCAAUUGUUUCAUAUUGGUUUUAAUUCAAAGUAGCGUGAAGAAAAAUUAAGGCCUUGUUUACACAGGCGUAUAAAAAUAAGCAGAAUUUUUUAAUGCCAGAAUUUGUCAGAAAAAAAAACU